CAGAGCGGGACGCGCGCGAAUCGGGGACGCGCCUUCGUAGUGCUGUGUUGAUUAGGUGCUCCUGGCCUGGAUGGAGGAGGUGAACCGGCUGUGUGUGCGCGUCCUGGUGCAUCAGGAGGAUGUGAAAGAGAACCCACUUAGUGCACAGAAGAGACGGGACAGCCUCCGGGAGUCAGCACAAGCACCUGUCACAUGUUUGGUGGGAACCAUGGCAACACUGAGCGAGGCGAUAUCCCAUCUCCCCCUUCUGCCGAGGCCUGGCCACCUCAUGCAGAUCAGCAGUGUCAGUGGAAACGUCCAGCCUGAGUCUACAGCUGAUGAUGAAAAGACAGAGAAGCCGCCCAGUCUUCCCUGGCUCACCUCACACAAGAGUAAAGUGGCCACAGAAAAGAGAGGAGAGAGGAUGAAGAUGGUGGAGCUUUACCAGUGUCCUGUAUUCACUGACAUUCCUGUUCCUCUGCCUCAUGAUACUGCAUACGCCACCAUCGUCACACGCGUUGUACAAGCACAGCGCCACCUAGUGCACAAGCCCAGCUUGAAGGCUUCUUUCCAGACCAUUCUCUCCUCAUCCACCGUGGAGCACUUUGUUAUCGAUUCAUUCUGGUGGUUCUUCCUUCAUAACUUUCAGCCCGACAGGAAAACUCAGGAUCGUCUGUUUUGCCGGAUUGCGGAGAAUUACAUCAGUAUUCUGACCCAAAACCUCUCCACUCGCAGUGGCACCACAUUCCUCCGGGACUUUCCCAGCACACUGAGUCAGACACUCUACUGCUGCUUCUGUUGCUGCUUCCCUCAGUCCUGCGGCUUUCGCGACCAGACCUUCCUCACUGCUCUGUGCCUCACCGCCUACCAGUGGACAGGAGGGAUCUGUCCUGCUCCUGAAGUCUACAAGGCGUGGGACUUUGAAGCUCUGGAGCCAGACGAGGCCAGUGGCGUCUCGGAGAGUGAGAAAAGGCAGAAGGAGAGUGGCUCCACUCUAACUCUGUCUGACAGUAUGUUCUCCAGCACCUCAUUAUUUAACCCCACCAUCCACAAUCAACAUGGCAGUCUCACAGGCCCAAAGAAAUUGAGGUGUGUUAGCGAUGUGAAUGAGGCCAGUAUCAUCUGCUCCAGGAACAACAUGGCCAUUCCAAGCCACAAAAGCAUUAGUGAGGAAGACGUCAUAGGCACUGACCUAAAGUCUCUUACUGACCACGUCAACUACAGAUCAGCCAGAAAGUCCCAUGCAGUGUAUGCGUGUGUGGAGCUGAAGCAGUGUGUGUUCAAUGUGUGGGGAAAUUCUCCUCUGGUUCAGCACUACAUGACCACACUCAACCUGAAGCAGACCGUGGGCCAAGACCUUCUAGUGAGGAGAACUCAGAUCCAGAAACUGCCUCCAUAUCCUUACACACUCAACCCUAUACACUCAGAUAUCUCCUCAUUCUUACACACUCACCUCCUUAGGGGAGAAUGGUGUUGGCUGGCUCAGGGGUUGAUUGGCACAGUGUUAACUUUUGGGCCUGUAGGUGAAGAUCUCACAAAAACGUAG